AUGGGUUGCGGCCAGAGUACAAUUCAGGGCGAGGCCGUCAUUGCCGUGAUGGGCAUGACCGGAUCAGGGAAGAGUAGCUUCAUCCAACGAGUGUCCAAGAAGCAGACCGCGGCUGUUGGCCACGGACUUCAGUCCGACACGAGUGCCGUCUCGCUACACACCGUCCAUCGAGGUAACGGCCGAGUGCAUCUGGUCGACACGCCCGGCUUCGACAACAGCCGCCUCUCCGACGUCGAGGUACUCAAGCUCCUGGCUUUCUGGCUGAGUAUGGCGUACUCGGCCGGCAUCCGGAUCGGCGGCAUCAUCUACAUGCAGCGAAUCACCGAUCUGCGCAUGUCGGGGACGUCCCUUCGGAGCCUCGAGGCUUUCAAGCAGCUCUGCGGGCCCGACGCCUUCCCCGGCAUCACCUUCCUGACGACGGGUUGGGACAUUCCAGUCAUCAGUCGGGACGGACACGCCCGCGCCGCCGCCCAGCAACGACAGGCAGAGCUUGAAAACACCCCACGGUGUGUAGGGGACAUACUCGCCGGCGGGGGCGCCGCAAUGGCCCUCCUCCCCGGACGCGAGGCCGCCCUUGCCCUAGUCGACGCCAUCAUCCGCCGCCGCCACAACCUCGUUCUGAGAAUACAGGUAGAGAUGACCGUCGGGUCCGCGGCCCUGGGCGAGACGGGCGCGGGACGGACCCUGCGCGAGGCCCACCGCCGGGAUAUGGCGCGGGCGGCCGAGUUGGACGCCUAA